GGAAGUGCAGCAACUCGCACACCCCGCCAGAUCCCGCACCUCUGACCGGAGAUCUCACCGAUCCACCCUGCCUCGGCCGGCGGCCAUGGCCGUGCCGUCUCUCGCUCCGCACCCCCUGCGCCCCGACCCAGCGGUGCCGCCCGACGCAUCCGCCGACUGCCCUCCCUCCCUCGACUUCGGCGACCCCGCAUCCCUCGCCACCCUCCGCGGCCUCACCGACGCCGGCGCCGCAACCCGCCUUCUCCACGAGUGCGUCGCCUACCAGCGAGCCCUCGACGCCCGCCUCGACGCGCUCCUCGCCCGCCGCCCCGACCUCGACCGCGCCGCCGCGUCCCUGCUCCGCUCCGCCCCGCCGCUCCUCUCCCUCGCCGCCUCCGACGCCUCCGCCCUCAGGGACUCCUCCUCCUCCACCGCCGCGCUAGCCGACGCGCUCUCCUCCCGCGUGCGCCACCUCGACGCGGCGCACUCCCGCGCCGAGUCCGCGCUCGCGCGCGCCGAGGCGGCGCUCGACCGCUCCCGCGCGCUCGACGCCGCGCGCCGGGCCCUGGCGGCCGACGACCUCACAGCCGCAGCCAGCGCGGCGCACGAGUUCCUCGCCAUCGACUCGCGCUUCCCCACCGACGACGACCUCCGCCGCGACCUGCUAGACAUCAAGCGCAGGGUCGAGGGGCUCGCGCGUCGGAGGCUCUCCGCCGCGGUCGACGCCCAGGACCACCCCGCCGUGCUGCGCCUUGUGCGCCUCUUCCCCCUCCUCGCCCUCGCGGACGAGGGUCUCCAGGUCUACGUUGCCUACCUCAAGAACGUCGUCGCCCUCCGCGCGCGUGCAGACUUCGAGCACCUUGCAGAGCUCAUCUCCGCAACAACCCAGCAGCCUACCCCGGAGCGCCCGGAUUUCGUCGGCUGCCUCACCCGUCUCUUCAAGGAUAUCGUGCUUGCUGUCGAAGAGAAUGACGCGGUGCUUCGUGAGCUACGAGGUGAAGAUGCCGUCGCCUAUGCCAUAAUUGAGCUGCAGGAGGAAUGCGACACGAGGGGCACCCAGAUCCUUCGUCGCUAUGCUGAGUACCGGAAACUUGCUCGUCUUUCCUCGGAUAUAAACUCCUAUACCAAGAACCUUCUCUCUGUGGUGGGUUCUGUGGCCAACGCUGCAGGCGGCAAUGAAGGGCCUGACCCCAGGGAGGUUGAGCAUUAUCUUGAGGAGAUUCUUGCGUUGACACAGCUUGGUGAAGACUAUACCGAGUUUAUGGUUAACAAGAUCCGUGGACUCAGAGAUGUCAAGCCUGAGCUCGGUCCGCAAGCAAUGAAGGCCUUCCGUAAUGGUAGCUUCAGUAAGAUGGAGAAGGAUUUGACCGGGUUCUAUGUAAUCUUGGAGGAGUUUUUCAUGGUAGAGAACAUAAGGAAGGCCAUCCGGAUUGACGAGCCAGUGCCUGAUGGUCUCACUACCUCAAUGGUGGAUGAUGUGUUUUUUCUACUGCAGAGUUGCUGCCGGCGGGCAGCAUCCACUGCAAGCAUAAAUUCGCUGCUUGCUGUGCUUGGUGGGGCAACAAGCCUACUAAGCAAUGAGUACCAGGAGGCACUGCAGUGGAGAAUGAGGGAGCCAAACCUGGGUGCAAAGCUCUUCCUAGGUGGCGUUGGUGUUCACAAGACUGGGGAGGAGAUUGCAACUGCACUCAACAACAUGGAUGUGAGCUCAGAGUAUGUGCUGAAGCUCCGCCAUGAGAUUGAAGAGCUCUGUCCAGAGAUUUUUCAUGCUCCUGCUGACCGGGAGAAGAUCAAGUCCUGUUUAUCAGAGCUAGGCGAGAUCAAUGCUUCCUUCAAGAAGAUCCUUUAUUCUGGACUGGAGCAUUUAGUGGCGUCUGUCGCCCCCCGCAUUCGUCAUGUCCUUGACAUUGUUACCACUGUUAGCUAUGAGCUUGAUGAUGCCGAAUAUGGGGAAAAUGAGGUGAAUGACCCAUGGGUGCAGAAGCUUCUCCUUGCAGUUGACACUAAUGUUGCAUGGCUCCAGCCAAUGAUGACAUCGAACAACUAUGAUUCUUUUGUUCACUUGAUCAUCGACUUCAUUGUCAAGAGGCUUGAGGUGAUCAUGAUGCAGAAAAGGUUCAGCCAGCUGGGUGGCUUGCAGCUCGACAAGGACGUUCGUUCCCUAAUUAAUCAUUUCUCAGAGAUGUCACAGAGACCAGUCCGCGACAAGUUCUCAAGGCUGUCCCAGAUGUCAACCAUUUUGAACUUUGAGCGUGUAUCCGAGAUACUGGAUUUCUGGGGCGAUAACGCUGGGCAUCUGACAUGGCUGUUGACGCCUGCAGAGGUGAGGAGGGUCUUAGGCCUCAGGAUUGACUUCAGGCCUGAAGCGAUUUCUGCUUUGAGACUUUAACUUGUUCCACUUCAUAAUUCUUUAUAUGUGAUAUAUAUCGUGAAAAUGUUCUCCUGUUUUGUGACUUAUGUAUGUGAUAUAUCAUGGACUUGCUCU